AUGACUUCUGCAACUGACAUCACCAUGGAUUUAGUUUGGUGCCCAACCAACAUGGGAAAACUUAUCCGUCGCUGUAUUCCGAAAGAGAUGAUCCCAUCGGACUGGUCAUGCAGUCAAUUGGACGUCUUCUCCAACUUGGAUCUUCUCCGGAAAAUGGGCAAAUCCGAAUUAGGAAUGUUCCGCUCGAGUCAAGAUUUGUUCAUGGUCAUUGCCAAUUUCCUAGGAGUUCCGGGAUGCGCCAACAUCAUGGAUUUCGAUUUCAAUAGAUUGAAUACAACCAUCCCAAGAAUGCACACAAGUCUCAAAGGAAUCGACUUUGUGUACAAAAUCGAUGUUUUUGCACUGGCUUCUCUUGUCAUCCCCUGCCCUUUCGAAGAUUGGCAACAAAGAAUGAUCCUAUCGUCGAUUAAAGUAUGCCAGAGGAACAUGGAAUUGAAAUGGAAGUGUGAACUCAAAUCGCACUGCGAAAUGGUCGAGUUACCAAAAGAUUGUCUCGAGAAUUUUUCCAAAAAGAUGUCUGGAUUCGGUAAUAAUUUUGCGACCCUUGCCAAAGUACUACAGGAAACUUACAAACUGUGCCUGGAUGCUGAAAAUGUUAGAGCUGCUUGGACGGAUGUGUUGAUAAAGGACAACAAUGCAGCUGAUGGAGUCUAUGAAAUCUUCAAAACGUGCACCGAGAAAUAUCCACUCGCAGAGAACAGAGAUGACUACCUUAUGAUGCUCUCGUGGAUCGGAAUCGUUUCUAAGGAGUUGGAAGACUUUACGACAAACUCUAUCCCAUCGAUCAGCCACACAAAAGCCACGGUCAGACUGUUUUCCGUUGGCAAGGAUAACUUCGUAAUGGCCCACGAAUUACUUCAAUCUCUGAAGAACAAGAAUUUCGAUGUGUCAGGAUUCGAGGAGGAAGUUCUAGGAAUGCCAAAGCUGUCGACAAUGGAAUUCCGGGAAGUCGCAAGAAAAGUGAGCAUUCAGGAAAUGAAGAAUAUCGAGUUCAUUCGAAUUACUCAACCGGAAACAAAGCUCCAAGCCACUCCAAUUCCAUCUCCAAAUGGUGAUUAUUGUGUUCGUGCCAUCGAUGCCUUCCAUGAAUUAUUAAACGAUAUGAUUGUGGCAAAGAAAGUGUUCCAAACUAUCGAGAAGGAUCAAUUCAAGCACGUCGAAACAUUUUUCGAUUCAGUGAAAGAGUACUUCUGUUCGAACCAAGGAGUCUACUUCAUCAGCCUGGAGGACCUUAACCUGAUCAAAUCAACGUGGGAAGAAUGUUAUGAAACCAAGUUGAAGAAUUCAAAACAAGCAAAAAGUAUCAGAAAUAUCAAUGGAUGUUCACUGAAUGAUUUGAAGAAGGAAUUGGAGUACCUUAAUUUGGAAACUUGCUUCCCGUAUAUCAUGGACAUCGCCGGAGGAGUAUACUCAAAAAAGAAGAAGACAGACAUGCACACUAUGAUCUUCCAGUGUCAAAUGAUCGCUCUCAGUGAUCCCAUUACUUGUAUCGUUGAUUUCCUGCACAGCCAAAAGGUGUGUACCAAAUGGAUUCCCAACAGUCCAUGCUGUGGAUUGAGUGCCGAACUUAUGACGAUUAUCAAGAAAACUUAUGCUGAACUUCAAGCUCAGGAAGACGCAAAAGAUACAGCCGAAGCAACUGAAGCGGAGAAAAAGAAGGAAGAAGUCGCCAUGGAAGUUCCACAGAAAAAGAAGCGUUCAAAGAAAGUCAAGAAAACUAAGGAACCGACACUUCCUGUGCCUACAUCCGAACUCACUUCAACUGCAUCUGAAUCCUCUUCUGAUCCAGGGUCCGAAAUUCCAGAAGCGAAGGAAUCCCAAGCUUGUCCCAAGUGCUCUCGUGCCAGCCAUUUCGCUGAUUUGGCAAAUGAGAAGCUCAGAUUGUCUAAAGUCGAAUGCAAACAUCUGAAGAAGGACUUGGCGAAUGCAGAAUUGGAAAUCGAAAUUGUGAAACAGAAAGUGACGGAUAAGGAUGAGAGAAUCAGACUUCUAGAGGAACUUUUGAAAUCCAAAGAUGACAUCAUUGAAAGACAAAAUAUGGAUCUUCUUGCAAAACAAGACACAAUCCUGAAUAUGGAGAUGGAGAUGGAAUCCAAAGAUAGCAUUAUUCGAGAGAAUUCAACUAUCAUUAAGGAUCUUGAAAAGUCUCUCAAGAUGAAGAAAAUCAAUGAACUGGAGGCACAACAAUCAUCAGAAGUCAGAUUCAUGGAACCAACCAGAAGUGACGACAAGACGGAGAAAGUCAGAGAUGUGCUCUUUAAACUUCUCGAAAUCCAAGGAACUCUUCGAAGCGGGAAUCCAAUUGAAAAAUGCAGAGAACUUGCUCAACGAAUCUGUAUGAGAGCUCACAACAAGCAAAUCGAGGAUGCCACAAGAAUUGAAGCUAUUCGAUUUUGCGAGGAGGCUAAAAUCUACAUACAAGCUGUCAACACCCAGUUGGAGAUGAUUCGUGGCAGCCGACUAGUCAAACCUGAAGAGAUUCCAGAACUUCCAGACUUCCCAGCUCUAUCCCAAAGAUUCCUGAACGCCUAUGAGAACAUCUUCCAUUCAGAAGCUCCAAAAAUCUGUGAAUCGCUACUGAAGACUCCAGCAGUGAGACCAGGAGAGCUUGCCGACACCGACUGCUUGAUCUGCAUUGAGGAAAUGGAUUCGGAGGAAGGAACCAUCAAAUGCGAGUUCUGCAAAAGAAGAUACCAUGUGGAAUGUGCCCAGGAAUGGUUCAAAACAAAGAGGACGUGUCCUGCAUGCAGUUCGCCACUUUUGGAUGAUUCCGAGUUUCCAGAAUUGGUUUAA